AAGGAGCGGAGAGGGGAGGGAGCAAAGACACCGCACUGCCCCAACCAAGAACAAUUUGAAAACCCACCCCAUCAUACUUAAAAUCUAGGACAAAGAGCCCUCGGGACGGAACUGCUUCGACUGCAAAGCUUCAAGCUUAGCCCGGGAUCGGCCUGACGGCCGGAGCCCAGCCCCUCCACGAAGUAGAGCGCCCUGGGGUCCCUGAAACCCGAAACCCCAGCGCAGAACCGGCGGAAACCAGAGCGAAACCCUUGAACUUUUCUGGACAAUUGCUUCCGGGCGUUUUCAGGCAGCCAGGGGACCCGACGGGAACCCGGGCCGCGUAUGGCGAGCCCCUGAGGUCCUGCAGACGCAAGAGAGGCCAGCUCUCCGGCUGCAGCAUGGACCGCGCGGGGUGUCUGGGCGCGGGCCUGCGGGGACUCUGCGUGGCUGCGCUCGUGCUCGUGUGCGCCGGCCACGGGGGACGGCGCGAGGACGGGGGACCAGCUUGCUAUGGGGGAUUCGAUCUCUACUUCAUCCUGGACAAGUCAGGAAGCGUGCUGCACCACUGGAAUGAAAUCUACUACUUCGUGGAGCAGCUGGCUCAUAGAUUCAUCAGCCCACAGCUAAGGAUGUCCUUCAUUGUCUUCUCUACUCGAGGGACAACCUUAAUGAAACUAACUGAGGACAGGGAACAGAUCCGACAAGGCCUAGAAGAACUCCAGAAAGUUCUGCCAGGAGGAGACACUUACAUGCACGAAGGAUUUGAAAGGGCCAGUGAGCAGAUUUACUAUGAAAACAGUCAAGGAUACAGGACAGCAAGUGUUAUCAUCGCACUGACGGAUGGGGAGCUGCAUGAAGAUCUCUUCUUCUACUCAGAGAGGGAGGCGAACAGAUCCCGAGACCUUGGCGCGAUUGUUUACUGUGUUGGUGUGAAGGAUUUCAAUGAAACUCAGCUGGCUCGGAUUGCAGACAGUAAGGACCAUGUGUUUCCUGUGAACGAUGGCUUCCAGGCUCUUCAAGGCAUCAUCCACUCAAUUCUAAAGAAAUCCUGCAUCGAAAUUCUAGCAGCUGAACCAUCUACCAUAUGCGCAGGAGAGUCUUUUCAAGUGGUUGUAAGAGGAAAUGGCUUCCGACACGCCCGAAACGUGGACAGGGUCCUCUGCAGCUUCAAGAUCAAUGACUCAGUCACACUCAAUGAGAAGCCCUUUGCUGUGGAAGACACUUACUUGCUGUGCCCAGCACCCGUCUUGAAAGAAGUUGGCAUGAAAGCUGCACUGCAGGUCAGCAUGAACGAUGGCCUGUCCUUCAUCUCCAGUUCCGUCAUCAUCACCACCACACACUGUUCAGACGGCUCCAUCCUGGCAAUUGCCCUGCUGAUCCUCUUCCUGCUGCUGGCCCUGGCGCUGCUCUGGUGGUUCUGGCCCCUCUGCUGCACAGUGAUCAUCAAGGAGGUCCCUCCGCCCCCUGUUGAGGAGAGUGAGGAAGAAGACGACGAUGGCUUGCCAAAGAAGAAAUGGCCGACGGUAGAUGCCUCUUACUACGGAGGACGAGGUGUCGGAGGCAUUAAAAGGAUGGAGGUUCGCUGGGGAGAGAAGGGCUCCACAGAAGAAGGCGCCAAGUUGGAAAAGGCAAAGAAUGCAAGAGUCAAGAUGCCAGAGCAAGAAUAUGAGUUCCCGGAGCCCCGCAAUCUCAACAACAACAUGCGCAGGCCUUCUUCCCCCCGGAAGUGGUACUCGCCCAUCAAGGGAAAACUCGAUGCCUUGUGGGUUCUGCUAAGGAAAGGCUAUGACCGAGUGUCUGUGAUGAGGCCACAGCCGGGAGACACGGGACGCUGCAUCAACUUCACCAGAGUGAAGAACACUCAGGCAGCCAAGUACCCACUUAACAACGCCUACCACCCCAGCUCCCCCCCUCCUGCCCCUAUCUAUACGCCCCCACCCCCUGCUCCCCACUGCCCUCCCCCAGCCCCCAGCGCCCCCACUCCUCCCAUCCCCUCCCCACCAUCCACUCCCCCUCCUCCUCAGGCCCCACCCCCUAACAGGGCACCACCUCCCUCCCGACCUCCUCCAAGGCCUUCUGUCUAGAACCCAAAGUCUGUGCUCUGGGCUGCCUGAGAAACUCCAAGGGGAGGCUCCUCUACUGUCAGAAAGAUCUUCCCAGCCCAAGGUGGUGAGCGGUGACUGACUUGCAGGAUUUAAAAGUCAUGAUGGGCAGAACAAAACGGAAAUUUUGAACUGCCUAAAGACAAACAAUGAGACAAUUGAAGUCACAUUUCUAGCCCUCACCUCUAGAAGAAGGUUCCAGAGAUGGCUACACUGCCAAGAUGCUCUCAACCAGAUCGUGUCCCAUGGAGACCAGGAAGAAGGUAAUUUCCAAAAAUGGAAUGCAGCAUCGGAUAAGAAAUAACCUGGUGAGAUUCUGAAUGCCGCCUUCCUCCAUGACUUGGCUCUUGACUCUUGGACUGGGAACCAGGCCAUCCUUACCCCUGGACACCGCCCAGCAACUCCAAAAAGGUGCGGUGUCCAUAGGAUGCAUCAAGCAGGUAUCCGAUGGGGAUCUGCAGGUUGUCUUAUAUAAGAACACAUGCUCUAUUCUCCUUCCCAAACCUCCCAGUUUCCCAGUGAGGAGGGAAGCAUUGUUUGUGAUGGGGAAGGUGUGUUGCCAUGCUGAGACAUUAGUGGAGUCUGUCCUUAACAUUGAUGGGGAAACGUUGAUGGGAGCAUCCAGCUGUUACAUCUAGAGAUGGUUGGCUUCAACCAGGCACAGACACUAAACCACCAAGUCAUUGUCAAAGGCAACCUCCUAAUGAUUCACCUUAAAUACUGAGCUGAUCACAUGGCGCCUUCCACGUGAGCUCACAAGGUCCUUCUUCAUCAGUGAAGGACCAGAUUCCAAAGUUGAGGGACAGUAGUCCUGACUUGAUAAGAAAACUACUCCCAGUUGAUUCACUCUGGAGCAGGCCACUGUGUGUAGAGGCUGGUGUAUUUCUCCUUGGCCCUCAGUCUACUCACAAAUAUCACCAGUUGUUAAACAAGGGGGAAACACACCCUGUGUGUAAGGAAAAGCUCUGCCUGAAACUGUCACCCCACCCCUCCAUGUCAUUCUGAAGCUGCCUGAUCAGCGAGCCCUUUAACCUCAUGUAAAAGCUGCACAUUGUCGCCCACGAAAAUCGAGGUUAUUGUCAGAGGCAGUGUGCAGCCCAUCCACAAUCAUGUUUCCGCCCUCAGUCUCCCACGGGCCCUGAAAUGCCUGUCUCAGGCUCCUAAAAUCUCAGCCCUCCCCUGGAUCAAAAGAUAAUACAAGAUUUUUGUGCUUUGGGCUCCAGUCUACAAAGAUCCCUUAAGAACUGAAGUUAGCCUCCUCCUUUCAGCUUGCUUAGAACAGAGGCAUCAGGUGUGGUGCACUCCGUAGGCACCAGUUCUUGUUCCCAAGGCAGACAUUGCUAACCAGUCUCAGCGCUACUUCUCAGUUUAGCCCGAGGAUGCUUUUCUACAGUACUUCAAACCACAGCUCUAAUGACCUGUCAGUCAUCAUUUGGAACUAACAGAGUUCAAUACUAUUUGCAAUCCCAACCUUAGAGAAGCAGAGGAGAAUGGGGGAGUCACCAGCAUAAAAGGUAUUGUCUGGGGAAAAUUGACCUGGGAGUGCCUAAGCACCUGUGGUGCCAAUACCAAAGUGACACUUUCCCAAGUGUACCUCAGACUUCACCCUUCUCCCUUCUCCCUGUGGUUGCCAUUCCCUUCUUUUCAGGACUUACGACAAGUGACCUCCCUCACUCUUACUGGGCCCUGCACCAUCUAGUUGUAGAACCAAGCUUCUUUAGUGUAGUCCCUCAUUAAAUAAGGACCGGAAUGUCUCCGCCACCUGUGGUGACAUUGCUGGGCCCCAGAAAACCAUUCCUAGGAGAAUGGACUCCCUAGGCUCACAGCAUGCAGACAAUGAGCCCUCAUGGCAACUGUUUUGACUGCUGGCAGUACAAAACAGGCCACCCCACAUCACUCCUGCACCAUUGUGCACCAUUAGAAAGUCCAAACCAAAUGCUGGCAUUGCUGUUCAACAAAAGUGGGCUCCAGGGAAGGCAGCCUGCUCCCAAGAAGAGGCCACCCUGUGCCCUGUGCAGUUUUCCAAGAGGUCGUUGUGAAGUGUAUAAGGAAUAAGGAAUGUUGAUACAUGGUGAUUCUGAGAAGAAUUUGCAAGGUUUGACCUUAGAAUUGAUCCAGUAUGUCUUCCCUGGCCAUUCAGAAUUAUGGUUAGAAGUUUCUAGAAACUGAACAAGGUUACUACCUUUCAUAGUAGGUUACUUGGGCAGGAAAAGUCUACAUAGCUUAAAGUCCAUCGGUUCUGUGUCAUUCCCUGUAAGCAAAAGGAGAUAGUGGUUGUAACUAGGAAACUGUGUGUUAUUUGUUUGACCCCUUGUUAUUGUCCUCAUGAAGUUUUUUUAUAUAGAAACCAAAUUUUGUUGUAUAUAUUCAUAUUCCACAUGACAGAUGGAAACACGUCCUAUAGGUGUGAAUAAAACGAACAGUUGUAGUAAAUUAUUAAAGCCAGUGAUAUUUCAUGGCAGGCUACUCUACCAAGCUGUGCUUGUUGAUAUCCCGUGACCAUACCGCUUUAAUGUACAAAUAGUCACUGAACUGACGACGCCCUCGUUUACACAACAUCAAUGACACCUUGCUGGGAACUGCAGUCAGUUCCUGUGCUGACAGCUCGCUCACAACCAGGGUCCUGCCUGGAGCUUGGCACACACUUCUGUGAGACGGAUAAGAGUGGUCUUUCCCCAGCAUGGGGAACACAGCUACCCAUAAACUCAUGGAAAUGCUGGCUCUCCAGCCAGGGGUGGGGUCUCCCCAGGACCCUUAGGAGGAGCAGACGUGGUCCUCACUUACCACCUGCGCACAAAGAAUAAUCUAACAACAGUUCAGGAGCAGAAGGAAUUAAUGCUGUGUAAAAUGGGUGGAAUUUGUUUGUAAGCUAUAUAAAGCCUGUCCAUACUCACCAGGAGGAAGGGAAGGGAGCAUUCUGGUCAGUUGUCGUCUUAGUUAACUGAGUCUGGCUACAUUAUCAAUUUAAAAGAAUUAGAAUAUGAUUUCUGAAUGCACAUAACAUUAAACUCUUCUCUUUUUCUAUGGUAAUUUAGUUAUGGAUGUUCACCGUCUCCAUGUCAUUGUAUGAAAGAUCUGUCAUCACCAUACCAUGCUGUAGGAGACUGGGCUGAACCUGUACAAUGGUAUACCCUGGAAGUUGCUUUUUUUUUAAAUAAUAACAAUAAAUACCUAAACCCAA